AUAGAAAAAUAGGAGGCGUUGGUAGGAGAAUCAGGCCAGCGCUGAUUAUGGGUGUUCUGUGGGAGAAUCCACUUGCGUUUUGAACUCUCGAAGUGUGCUCGCUCGGACGUUAGCUACUCCCGCGUGUUCUGUGCUCCCACCCUGCUUCGCUUGCGACGGCACCAUAAAACUGAUGGACUGCUGCGCUAACCGGCGCAGAAAGGCAACGACGUUGGCGAGCGAAACUUGCUUUAGGCCGGCGAGAGACCCGCCAGUGUGAAGCAGAACGCCUGCUGAGCGCGUUCGCGGCGCACGCUGUCAACUCUGCCACUCGCAUACCUGAAGCUCAACUGGCUGCUCAAGACACUACGGUCAACAUGCAUCAGCAGCAGUGCUUACACGCUGCCUACAGCUUCUCUUGCGAUGGGACUUUGAUGCCACCGAUGAAGAAAACUGCUGCGCUAACCGCCGCAGAAAGGCAACGACGUCGGCGGGCGAAACUCCGGCAAGAGACACUCCAGCGUGAAGCAGAACGCCUGCGCGCGUUCGCGGCGAACUCUGCCACUCGCAUUCCCGAAGCUCAACUGGCUGCCCAAGACACUACGGACCAAAAUGCUCGAACCUUUGCUGAAGUGACUCGGCAGCAGGACGCCGUGCGCCAGGCCAACUUGCAACAUGGUCGCCGACCCGCAAGUCGUGCGCCUUUCGCUGCAGCGGAUUGCCUCACAAAUGCCAUGAGCCUUGGUGAAUGCAUCACUCUUGCCAAAGCGGCAUGCCCCGCCUCUUCCAAGGUUGUCGGUCAGGUCGAGGUUGGCACACAGUGCAGCUUGCCUCUGACUGACAAGUCCGUCGGGUGCUCCUUCAAAGCAGGCAGCCAGUCGAGGAGCGUGCAGACUGUAGAGACUGUGGAUCAGUCAAGCUCCACCUCAGCAUCAAGGCCUUCUAUUUCUCCAUCAACUGCCAAAGGUGACAACUCGCAGCAAGGAUGCCUGCACCGAUGUCGUCUUUGUGACUUUGAGGCUGAUAAACUGUUUCGUCCAGGAGAACACACCAAGGUCCAUACUGGCAAGUGUCUGUUUAACUGCCACUUGUGCCCUAUGAGCUUCUCAAAAAGGAACACCCUGAACAGGCACCUGUUCAGCCACACUGGCAAGCAUCUGUUUAAAUGCCCUUCAUGUCCUCGGGACUUUUCAAGAAAGGUUGACCUGAACAGGCACCUGUGUACCCACACAGGUGAGAAGCCAUUUCGAUGCCCUUCAUGUCAUCGGAGCUUCACACGCAAGUCCACAUUAAAGGAACAUCUGCAUACCCACACAGGCGAGAAGCCAUUUCAGUGCCCUUCAUGCCCGUGGAGCUUCGCACACAAAUCCGGCAUGAAGUCACACCUGCGCAUCCACUCGGGCGAGAAGCCAUUUCAAUGCUCUUCAUGCCCUCGGAGCUUCGCACGCAAGCCCAGCAUGAAACAACACCUGCGCAUUCAUACUGGUGACCGACCAUACCAUUGUACCGUCUGCACUGAGUCCUUUGCACGGGCUGAUUACUUGAGAAGACAUAAGAGAACACAGCACCGUGGUACUGCAAAGUAAUUGAACAGCUAUGUUGAAUUAGAGUUUGAAUUAAGAAUCUACAGCCAUGUGUAGUGUGCUGCAUGGUGUUCUGCUGCACCAGUAGCCAAAGUGUCCCCAUAUGCUCUUACUAAUCCUUAUUUGGAAAACACGGUAGGAGGAACUGUGUUGCAUUGCAGUGAAACCUACACAUCCUGCAGUGUUCGCGCAGGAAAAACGCAUGGCAUUGCAGGGAAAAUGUACUGUUGAUCAAUGACACUGUAAAGGUAAUUAAAGCAGGGAGCCAACUUUCAAAACGUUUUUCUGGCUUAAAUAAUACUCUGAAUAAACUUUCUCAAGCAUAACAAUGUACAAUGUAGACCACUUAUAAUGUAAGUCGCGUGAGUCGUGUAUAUCUGCACUAUAACCGAAACAACUGUUUUCAAGGCCUGCACAUAUGCAAAACAUGUAGACCAAGCAGCCGCGUGUAACCGAGAAUUGAAGUGUGCGACUGGGAGUUUUGCAUCCGUUUAAAUUUACGAACUUUGAAAGGCUAAUGUUCAUGCACCCGUGGUUUUCACAUGAAGCAGGCAAAGUAAUAAUAAUUUUUUAAAAUAAAUGACGGCGACUGAAAUCUCGGGCGUAGUAGUCUCUCAUCCGAUUUCUCACACUGAUUGACGUAUACAUGGUGUUGAAAACAUGGCGACCUCAGGCUAAGUUGCCACCAUUCGAGUGUUGCCCGUGCGCUCACUUUCGUUAUCAAGGUGGUUUCUCCGCUUUCUAUGUGCCGUACAGCCAUUGCAACACAUUUCGUUAGCUCGACACCAAACCACAACUCUGGUCGCCGACGAGGCGCGCUGGUUAGGCCUAGCCGACGGGGGUGUUGGACAGCAUACUGUCGCAGGGCGCUCGCCCUUGAUAUGUUCGUACCCCUAGAUGAUUACAUACAGACUAUGCACGCAAUAACGUGCAUGGGCUGAACUGACAGCAAUGCGUACAAAGCGGAGUUUGGUUCCUCGGGCGACCAGCCGCAGCAACUACUGCAAAUGCCUACCAAGUUUGUAUGUGUGCAGACUGGUACAAACGGCAGAAACUCACAAGUGCACAUAAAGCCUAAUAGCUCCAAUCUAAAUUUGCGCAACACUGCUUAAACUGACAGCAUUGCACGCACAAUAUCUGCACUUUGCUUUUUUUGUUUGUUUUUUUCAUUCGCUCCGCAUCUCAUGCUCCUCCGCAUCGCCCCCGUUGCUGUCCUCUACCAUCGACAGGCGCACCUUGUUGAGAAGCGUGCCCGCUCCCGUGCUUGUCAGUGGGAUUUUCCCGCAAAAGCCCCAUUAUAACCAGUACUUCAUCUCGCGGGGCUGCACUGUAAUCGGUAUGCGCGGUAUGCGUAUGUGUAACACCAUGGAGUUCUAUGGGAGGGUAAACGGGAGUCAGAAAAGGCCACGUUGUAGCCAGGUUACGUUAUAAGUGUUCUAUACUGUACGACAUCUUUAUGCCUGCUGUCGAAUGCACUAUCAUUGGUACAUUUAUAUGGAAUAGUACAACAAUUUGCAGUUUACUGGCAACAGCGCCAUUGUUCUAAAUUUUGGAGUACUUUUUCUCUACUGUUUAUGUUGGUUGCAUGCCAAAGCACUUUUAGCAAAUUGUUCAGGAAUGUAAAGUAAUCGAAUGACACUGAAUAAAGCUAAAAUUUCUGCUUUGGAAAAAACCACACAUUCCCUGAACUGUGUAUUGUGCUUCUGAAAUAGACACAUCAAAAAUAAAAUGGCCUACCUUUUUGGA